AUGGCUCAGCAACGUCUUCAGCAGUUUGUUCAGCAUCUUACCUCGACGGACGCGAGGUCCAGGUUGGAGGCAAAGUCGCCCGAUGAUGUCGUUAUCACACUCGCUAUCCGUACGCCGCUCACUAAGGCAAAGAAGGGUGGAUUGAAGGACACUGUGUUGGAUGAUCUCCUUUACUCAGUCUUCAAAUCCUCCAUCGACAAAUCCAAAAUCGACCCCUCCAAGGUAGACGAUAUCUGCGUCGGUAAUGUCCUCAAUGGAAAGGCCGCCUACGUCGCCCGCGCCGCCGCCCUCGCUGCAGGGUUCCCGAACACGACCGCAUUGUCAGUCUGUAACCGCUGGUGCUCCUCCGGUCUCCUCUCCGUCCAGACAAUCGCGAACGCCAUCAAAGCCGGUUCCAUCGAAGUUGGUCUCGCUGUCGGUGCAGAGAGUAUGUCCCUCGACCGUGAUGAUGGGAUCAAGGAGUUUUCCGAGACCGUGAUGCAGAACCCUGAGUCGAAGGAUUGUACGAUGCCAAUGGGCUGGACGUCGGAGAAUGUUUCGAGGGAUUUUGGGGUGAGUAGGGAGAAGAUGGAUGCGUUUGCCGCACGAUCCUUCCAGCGUGCGGAGGCGGCACAGAAGGCCGGGAGGUUCGAUGAAGAGAUCGCGCCGGUUCAUACUACGAUUAUCGACCCUAAGACUGGGGAGAAGACCCGGGUUGUGGUGGAUAGGGAUGAUGGUAUCCGUCCUGGUACGACCGCGGAGGGUUUGGGCAAGAUCCGCUCCGCGUUCCCACAGUACGGCCCCAACACCACCGGCGGAAACGCCUCCCAAGUCACCGAUGGAGCCGCCGCGGUCCUCCUUAUGAAGCGGUCGACAGCCGAGAAGUUGGGUCAGCCAAUCCUCGCCAAAUUCGUGGGCGCGACGGUCGCUGCCCUCGCUCCCCGCAUCAUGGGAAUCGGUCCCUCCCUCGCCAUCCCAAAGCUCAUGUCGAUCCACAACUUCACCAACGCCGAUGUCGACCUCUUCGAAAUCAACGAAGCCUUCGCCUCAAUGGCCGUUUAUUGUGAGGAGAAAUUGGGGAUUGAUCCAGAGGUGUUGAAUGUCAACGGAGGCGCGAUCGCGUUGGGACAUCCGUUGGGGUGUACGGGUGCGAGACAGAUUGCGACGGGAAUUAGCGCGUGUAAGCAGAGGGGAAAGAAGGUUCUUGUCACGAGUAUGUGUAUUGGGUUGGGGAUGGGAAUGGCUAGUUUGAUUGUUGUCGAGUAG